AUGGUGGUUUCAGGAAACAGCUCUGCUCAUCCUGUGUCUUUUAUUCUGCUUGGAAUCCCAGGCCUGAAGAAUUCCCAGUUUUACAUUGCCUUUCUGUUCUGUGUCAUGUAUGUUGUGGCUACUGUUGGCAAUAUUACCAUCCUAUACAUAAUUCGAACUGAUCACACACUGCAUCAGCCCAUGUACCUCUUUUUAGCCAUGCUGGCAAUCACUGACCUGAUCCUGUCCUCCUCCACACAGCCUAAAAUGCUCGCCAUCCUCUGGUCUCAUGCUCAUGAGAUUGAGUAUCAUGCCUGCCUCACCCAGGUGUUCUUCAUCCAUGCCUUUGCAUCUGUGGAGUCUGGGGUGCUCAUGGCUAUGGCCCUGGAUCGCUACGUGGCCAUUUGCUUCCCGCUGCGACACUCCAGCAUCUUGACUACAUCUGUGGUGGUAAAGCUAGGGAUGGCUGUGAUAGUGAGAGGGCUGCUAUGGGUGAGCCCCUUCUGCAUCAUGAUCUCCAGGAUGCCCUUCUGCCCCAGCAGGGUCAUUCCGCAGUCCUACUGUGAGCACAUGGCCGUGCUGAAGUUGCUGUGUGCUGAUACCAGGGUCAACCGUGCCUAUGGGUUGUUUGUGGCCUUCUCUGUGGUUGGUUUUGAUGUUCUUGUCAUCAGUGUAUCCUACGUGAUGAUUCUGAGAGCUGUGCUGCAGCUGCCCUCAGGUGAAGCUCGCUUCAAGGCUUUCGGCACGUGUGCUUCUCACAUCUGUGUUAUCCUGGCUUUCUACAUUCCAGCCCUUUUCACCUUUCUAACCCACCGUUUUGGCCAUCAUGUGCCCCAGUUGGUGCACAUCAUGUUUGCUAAUCUCUACCUACUGGUGCCCCCCAUGCUCAACCCCAUCAUCUAUGGAGUUAGAACCAAGCAGAUCAGAGACAGGGUUAUCACAGGGUGUUGUGGAAAAGACCUGUGA